AUGUCUCCACUGACUGACAAGCCUCCCAAGAUCCUCUACCCAUCUGAAAACAAGAUGAGUGUCAUGGAGAUGCAGCUGGGCAGCCCAGUGAACCUGACCUGCCGAGCGUUCUUUGGCUACAGCGGGGACGUGAGUCCUCUCAUCUACUGGAUGAAGGGAGAGAAGUUCAUUGAGGAUCUGGAUGAAAGCCGAAUCAGAGAAGGUGAAAUUAAAACUAUUCGGGCACACUUAGGAGAACAGGAGGUGUCCAUCUCGCUGACCAUAGAUGCUGUGGAGGAGAGUGACAUGGGUAACUACUCCUGUUAUGUGGAGAACGGCCAUGGCAGACGACAAGCCAACAUCCAGCUCAGCAAGAGGGAACUCAUGUAUACGGUGGAGCUGGCUGGAGGUUUGGGAGCCAUUCUGCUGAUGUUGAUAUUUUUGGUGUCCCUUUAUAAGUGUUACAGAAUUGAACUCAUGCUCUUCUACAGAAAUCACUUUGGCAGUGAGGAUGUGGAUGGAGAAAAUAAAGACUACGAUGCAUACGUGUCCUACACUAAAGUGGAUCCAGACCAGUGGAGUCAGGAAACCACAGAGGAGGAACGUUUUGCUUUGGAGAUUCUGCCAGACGUUAUGGAAAAGCAUUAUGGGUAUAAACUCUUCAUUCCUGACAGGGACUUGAUCCCAACUGGAACCUACAUCGAGGAUGUGGCUCGCUGCGUCGACCAGAGUAAACGUCUCAUCAUUGUCAUGACACCCAACUACGUGGUGAGGCGCGGCUGGAGCAUCUUUGAGCUGGAGACGCGGCUGCACAACAUGCUGGUCAACGGCGAGAUCAAAGUCAUCCUCAUUGAAUGUGCUGAACUGCGGGGAAUUAUGAACUACCAGGAAGUGGAGGCUCUCAAACACACCAUCAAACUGUUGACGGUCAUCAAGUGGCCGGGUCCCGAGAGCAGCAAGCUCAACUCCAAGUUCUGGAAGCAUCUGCAGUACGAAAUGCCGUUUAAGCGGCCAGAACCCAAGCUGUCACAUGAGCAGGUGCUGGAUGUCAGCGAGCAAGGCCCGUUCGGAGAGCUGCAGACCGUCUCUGCCAUUUCUAUGGCUGCAGCCACCUCCACCGCCAUGGCCACAGUGCAUCCUGAGCUGCCCUCCACCUUCCACAACACGUACCACACACAGCUGCGGCAGAAGCACUACUACAGGAGCUACGAGUACGACAUUCCCUCAUCUGGCACCCUCCCGCCGCUGUCCUCACUUGGCAGCCAACACACCUACUGCAACAUCCCCAUGACACUGCUGAAUGGCCAGCGAGUACAGGGGAAGCCGGGCCACCAGCAGCAGCAAGCCCUGGAGGAGCAGCACGUCAACAACGCCAUGCUGCCACUGCUGCCCCGCGAGACCAGCAUUUCAAGUGUGAUCUGGUGACAGCAUGGGGAAUGGACAUUUCUGUGAAUGCUACUUAUUAAGACCCUUAAAAACUGCUGCUGUUGACUUUGCACCGUGAUUCACAGGGGUUCGAAACUGAAGGGAUGUGAUGAAGACAGAUCAACGGGGAGGUUCAUUCUCACAAACAGCUCAUUCAUACUCUCUCAAGGAAUACAGGGUCUUGUACAUAUGUUUGCAGUUUCUUUGUAGCAUUAGAU